AUGAUGUUUGUCACCAUUGAGGCCAAGGGCGCUGCUGAGGCUGACAAGAUCAUCGAGCUGCUCACAAAGGUGGCCGCACGCGCCAAUUCGGACGAGGAGCCUGACUGCCACGGAUACGUGCCCGGUCGCAGCCGUGAUGACCCCAACACGAUUAUCGUGUUUGAACAGUACGACAACAAGGGCAGCGAUGUGGCCACCGCCAAGCACUCGGCUGGCGUCGAUUUCCAGGCUCUCAUGGCCCAGGCCAAGGACCUGACCAACAAGGUCGACAUGAAGUUUUUUGACUACGUGUGA